GAGAUCACAACUUUACCUAGCAACAAUCCAACAAAGAUGGUUGACCGUCUGGAUUAGAAACUGACUGCAUUUGAAAUAUGGAUGCUAUCGGGACGUUGGAAUUGUCUUGGGCCCAAGGCUAUUCUGGGGCACCUGCAGUUUAUGUGGACAAAGAUGUUCUUUGUUAUUUGUGUGGAAGCAAUGUGAAGUUUGUUGCUGAAGAUGGAGCAGAGACUGUAUUCAAUUUCAAGGGAAAUGGAGUGGGACCUUUUGCAGUUCAUCCUAAUGCUAAAUGCUUUGCUGUUGCUGAAAAAUGCAUUGAUCCAAAAAUAUUUGUCUUUGUCUACCCAACCUUUCGUCAGCUGGGAGUUAUUGAAGGUGGUACCAAACUUGAGUACAACAACAUUCUGUUUUCUACCAGUGAAUAUUUGGCCACUGUUUCUGGAGUCCCAGAUUUUGAGUUGACUUUCUGGAAAUACACCACUGGAACUAAAUUGACAUCCGUACAAGUGUCCAACUCCCCAGUAAGGUGUAUUCAGUUUAAUCCUGGGAACUGGCGUCAGAUCUGCAUUGGAACUGAGAAAGAACUGACAGUUUGGCAAAUGGAACAGAGUAAUGAUGCCUAUAUGCUGCAACCCCAGAAGGUAAAGUUGCCUCAUGAGGACUCAUCCUGGUGGGAAGAAGAGAAGGAAAAGGAUCAGAGUCAAUCACGCGCAUCAACACGCAUGAGUCGAUACACUGUGGAGGUCCCUAAGGCAGCCAUUGCAGGUCUGGUGGGAGACAUGGAUGACCAUCUGGAGGAUAUUCAGGACAGGUCACCGCGUGUGGUACCCUCAUCCACGGCCUGGACCACAUCUGGAGAUAUAUAUGUUGGAUGUAGAGGAGGACAUCUUUUAAAGGUUGAUGGGGAGACAUUUAAAGCCAGAGUGGUCUACCAUCCUCCUCCUAGGGCUGAGACGCCACUCUCCAGGGCCACCAGUGCAGCAAGUGCCAGCAGAGGUCCAUCUAUGGCCGACCUUGGUCAGACAAGAGCGAAGAAAAGUGUUCGCAUGGGUACCAAUGUGACAGAUGAUUUGAGCUCGAUGAUGCUCGAGGGAAGUUUGGAUUGUAUUGGACUUCAUCAAAAGGGACUUUAUGCUGCAGGAGAGGAUGGCGUUUUGAGACUGAUAAAUCUGAAAUCUGAUGAAUUUCAAGUUGUUGAGCAGAGCCGUGUUGGUUUCCCGAUCUCUUCACUGGCAUUUUCACACAGUUACCGCCAUGUCGCACUGGGCUCAACAAAGGGAUCCCUGUUUCUAUAUGAGGCUGGGGCACCUGAGUCCAUGAGGCAACUGAAGAAUAUCCACUAUGGAAAUUACAUGGGCAUGAGCUGUAUGUCCGGCAACGAAUAUAUUGCUUCUGUGCGUGAAGAUGGCGAAGUCCAGUUAUGGUCGAUUGAUAAAGGCUUCCUCCAAUCAUCCGUCUCCAUUGGAUUUCAGGCACAGUGUAUAGCAUGUAGCCCAAUGGUGAGGGUUGCUGCUGUAGGAGCUGGGAAUGGAUUCAUUUACUUCCUUGACUUCACAGACAUCGAGCAACCUCGUGUGGUCUCCUCUGUCAGAUUAUUUGAAAUGCCGAUAACACAUCUUGUAUUUGAGAACAUUGGUCGUUAUUUACUGGCUGGUUCAGAUGAUGGAAAUGUCUUCAUCCUUGACGGCAGACCUUCCAAGAAUUUUACUCCGAUUGGGUUCACAUCCAUUGUCGGAGAAAUCCAGUCUAUCUCAACUAUUACAGAAAAGGAUGUGCUUAAAGUCGCAGUGACAGCCAAUAACUCAGGAAACAAGCGAAAUGGCGCUACAAAUAUGAUAUCCUUUGAACUCUCAGAUGAAGUGGUUGGCGAUUUGAAGAAGAACGUAAACAGUUUGAAAUAUGACUUCAAGGAUGCCUCCAUCAAGAAACUUUCAAUGACUUUCUCCACACCAAGUUAUGGAGCAGCCAUCGGUGAGAAUCAAACUGUAUACACCAUGGCACAGAAUUCCCGCCGAAUCCACCAGCUUAGUCUCCCUGCCGAAACACCCGAUGGUAAACCUGUGGCAGUUUUACCUGAGGCUGAAUUCCAGGGUCACCAGCUUCCAGGGGGUAAACUACAGUUGUCUCCCCAUGGUAAAUGGCUUGCCACCUGUGGCUCUGACGGCUCUGUCAUGAUCAGGGCAACUUCAACCAUGGACCGAUUUAUUUCAAUCACUCCACAUGAUUUCCACAACCGCGGAGUGAAUGUGAUUGCAUUUUCGGAGGAUGGUCAGAAUAUUUUUACAACCGGCUUUGACGGAAUUCUCACUUGUUUCAGUUGGGCAUUCACCUCGACUGGAAUAGGGAAGGCUAAGUCGGCAAUGGAGGCAUCCAGAGCCAGAAAAACCAAAAUGAUGACCAUCCAGAAAGAUGAGGAAGAGGCUCUCGGAAACAUGACUGACUGGGUGCCGUCUGUUGGGUCACGACCUACAUCGACCACUGCAGAUAAAGAGGAUAAGAUUGCAUUAGCUAUGCAGUCAGCGAGAGAGGCGGAUGAAAUUUACACCACACCCACACCAGUGCCACCUUCGGAUGCUACGUGGCUCAAUGUCCAGUCAAUAGAGAACUUGAAAAAGGAGGACAACCAGUUUGCAGAUGUUAAGAAGGAGCUUCGAGGACAGAUUCGAGAGAUGAGGCGAACAAUUCAAGGCAUGUUGAAACAGAAUGAGGCUCUUCCAGACAUUGAGAAACUUGGUCGCCAUGAAUUUGACCUUGAUAUUGAAGAACAGAACAAACUGCAGCAAGAAGCUGAUGGAGAAGUUCAAAGAGUGGAGGAAGAGAUUGAAUUUGACAAUUUAGCAAAGAUUUAUCUGAGGGAGAUGAUCAAGAAGGAAUGCUGGGAUGAAAUGAAGGUCAAAGGUCGAUCUAUCCAGGCUUUCCGUUCCACUCUGGAAGUGAGUAACUUUCCGAUGAGAGAGCGACCCCUAGAGAUGGAGAGACUUCUUCAGACCAUCACAGUCCGUCGACAAAUCGAGGUGGCCGAAUUAGCUGCUAGAAAAGCAGAGAUUGAAAUGCCGCAGAAAACCAACUGGAACAACAACAGCGGUAAGUCCUAUGUUGUUAUUAAAACAAAGUAUGAUCGUGUAUGGAAAAUGAAAGAAGAUGAUGCGGGUGAAAAUGACGAUGUUGAUGAAGAUGGCAAAGAGAAACCCUCUACCACUGGCAGUUUGGGAAAUACUCUGGAAUAUGAUCAAGGGCAACCAAUAAGUUUGGGUGCCAUGUUUGGAGGUGCUAACGAGCUGUUCUAUAGUCAAUUUGACCUUCACACCAGGGAACAGAAGACCACACAGAUUAUACUUCUAGAGGAUGCCAUCCAUCGGAUCAAGUUAACAUUCAACAAGGAGUUUGAGGAAGUGUACCAGAGAAAGCUGCAGGAUAUCUCAAAAAUCAAGGAAAAGAACAAGAAAAUUAUCAAGAACAUGAGAGAUUUGAGCAUAAAUGAGGAAAUAAUUGAACCGGAACUGAGUGUUCUGGAAAAUCCCGAGAGUAUUCUGACUGUUGAUGACCGUGAGAUUAAGGUAGAGAAAUACCUCACACCAGCUCAGAGGAAGAAGAAGGAAAUACAGGAUAAACAAGACGAGGAAAGGAGAGCUCGAGAAAAGGGAGACAAUGCUCGUGAGCGUGGUCUGGAUAUGAUGAUGGGUGGAGUUCUGGAAAUCAAGAAGGAAGAUGAACUGAAGAAGGACAUUCCAAAGCCUGCAUUCAUGUCUCUGAAAGAAGAAUCUGAUUGGACAGAAGAUGAGCAGAAAGCUGCCAAGGAAUAUGAGCGCAAAGUGAAGGAACUUAUCGAGGAAAGGGAGAAAUAUCGCAAGCAACUCGAGGCCGAACUUCGUAAGAUGCAGGCAGUAAUCCAUGACAGCAUGACACUGUUUGAUGAAACUCUGAACCAGGUGUUUAUGAAGAAAAUCAAAGUCAUGAUGGUUCUCUAUCAGGAGGAGCUGAAGAUCCUACGUCUCCGGCACAACCUCCUGUUGGAGGAGGAGUUGGAGACACGCGAGCGUGAUCUUAAUCAUCUCAUGGAGCACAAGAAAAAUAUGAAGGUGAUCACUGCCCAAGCUAUGAUGGAGUCCAAGAAGCAUGUUGAUGCAUUCCGAGAACAGUAUGACAUUCUUCUCGCUGAGGACAAGGUCAUGGAUAGAUCAUUCAAGCGUGAAUUCCAUGACGUCACAGCACUGCAACAAGACCAGUUGUAUAGGCUCUUCCGUAAACGCCCCAAGGUUCCUCGCCUCAAAGGAUUUGAUGCCCCAGCACCGUCCUCUGUGGAUCCUUCAAUUCCAAAUCCAUUUGCGGAUCGUCCUUCCACGGCGAGCUACAACAAUCGUGCCAAGAACCAGUUAGAACACUCCAUCGCUGACCUUGACAAGGAUAUUAACGCCCCAGAGGGCAUUGAACCCCACAUCUGGCAGCGGUUGUGUAAAUAUCGCAGGGAAAAGAUUGAAAAUGACGUCUUGACGAAAGAAAAAGCUCUGAUACUGGCAGAAAUGGAAGCAUUCCUUCGAAAGAGACAAGAUGAAGAUGAACAAAUAAAAAACGAUAUAGACGGCAUUUAUGACACUCUAAACAAGCUGAAGGAUGACCGACAACGAUUUAAUCUGAACCUGGAAGUACAACUGAUGCUGAAACAGGGACAGGUGGAAGUGGAUACGAGUACGUUUAUCCACGACUACAAGGACAGUGCCCUCAUCCACCGGAGUGUUGUAGAGGAGCUCAACAGCAAUAUCAAGCAAUUAGGAGAAAGCAAAAUCGCCAGCAUGGUGGAAAGUAAAGAUUUUAGAAAAGGCAUCAUACAGCUGGAAUGGGAACACAAGAAAAUGAUCAUGCAAAUGGAAGAUUUCCAAAACAGAAUGAAAGAUAUUCAAUUUAUGAAAGUCACAAGAGAAAUUCAAUUGUAUUUGUCAAAUUCAGACUAUGAUGGAAAGAAACAAGAAGAGAUUGGAAAACUGGAACAGACUAUCCUGACACAGCUGAGGCAUCAUGAGAGGAAAGUAUCAGCCAAGAAACAGCAAUUACGAGAACUUGGACGGGCUCACAAAUUGAAGGAUGACGAUAAUCGGGAGAUGGACAAUGAGCUCACAGAGCUACACGUCACUGUCAAUGAAAGACGGCAUAUCGAUGAUGUCAACGCUGAUCGAAGAUCAGACUUUGGGCGUGAAAGGAGAUAUCAAGAGAUUGUACAGAGGAGGAAGUUAGUCGAUCUUGCGAAAGCACAGGCACAGGAAGUAGCUGUGUUACGUGCAGAAGUAGAAAGACUACGUAUGCGAACAUUCCCCGCCCUAGUACAAGUUGAACACUGAAGGGUGAUCGUUGCUUAUGACGGUCAAAAACUUGUGAUAUUUGUACGAAGUGAAACUUGACUUGUACUGUCUGUGACAGUAAAAACUUUGUGAUAUGUGUAUAAAAAAACUCUAUUGAAACCAUUCAAAAGCCUUUACAGUUAUCAGAAGAAAAAAUUGUAGAAAACUGACCUAAUAGUUAUUAAAAAACACAAAGAAGACUUGAAAAUAGCCAAAAAUGUCACUUCAUUAUAAACUUUCUGUGGUGAACAUUUGACCUUGUGAAUGUAUGAAUGUAAAGUGCUUAAUUAUCUUUUUUUUUCUGCAACUUGCAGAGUUUAGCUCUAUCAGAAUAUGAACACUAUUGUAGAAAGAUUCUCAGAGAAUUAAGUUUUUCUGUACUGCAGAUUUCUAAAUUCUUUGUACCUGGUAAAUAAAAACUGUGUGAAACUUAAAUCAUGAAUUUUAGAUCAUGGUUAUUUAUCUAACUGAUUUAUAUCACAAAUAAUUAAAUUUUGAAAAGUGAAGUUAUUCAAAAUACCGACCUAAAAUAGCGAUUUUGUGAUUUGAAGUUUGAAAAUGAAUGAAGUCAUCUACAUAAAUUUCAGAGGGCAAGAAAAAUCCCAUGUCAAAUGGCUCACUACCAGUUCUUUGGAUCUGGGCAAGAAAAAUUGUCUACUUCUUGAUGGACCAAUUACUUAUAACAUAUUGAUUUAUUGAUUAUCAUCAUAUUUACACUGUAUUUAUAUGACAGACAAGUAAUUAAUAUUCAUGUUACAUGUUACAUAUUUUAAUUUAUGGCUAGUUCCAUGAAUUCUACAUUUGGAAAACUUGUUUUACCAAACCUCCCUUUCCCUUAAAAUGUACUGUGUCUGGUGGAUUUGUAGUUUUACAAUUUUCUUGCCCUGCUUAAAAAUUUACUUUGAUUUACAGUGUCCUUCACAUACUGUGAUAAUGUGAUCGACCACAUGAAAACAUUGUAAUUACCGUAUUUAUCAUUAGAUACUGUUAAUCCCCUCCGCUAGUGUAAAAGGUUAGUAUUAAAGCUUUGGGAGGGCUUAUUUGUGGAUAAACACUAGGUAUACUGUUAUAUACCUACCCAUUGUCAUAAUGAUAAAUUCAUUCCUGUGAUGAUAUAUUGGGUGUUGUAAUUUGAUUAAGGUCGACCAUGAAUUUGUACAGUAUAUGGUGUCAAAACAACAGAACCUGUUUAUAGGGACUGCCUCUUAUAAUCAACCAAAAGUUGGUCCCUCAAGACAGGUUUUCACUAUUGACAGUUUGGUCCUUCAUACACAGAUUGCAAUACUUACCUGUAUUAUUGCUUCAUCUUACAAAAGGACAAGUACAUUUUAAACAAUUUUAAACAGGAUGGAGUCACUCAUCCAUGAGGUGCGUCUUUUAAGACAUAUUUUAUUGUUUUAUGAUAACACCAUAGCUGUUUCUUGUGGUUGAUUAUAUAUACCAUGAUGUAA